AAAGAAUAGUACCUAACAGCUACCUUUAUUACGUUAAUAAGUACUCUUUAGACGUUAACCGGUGUAAAAUGAAAUAAAAUUGUGCAUGCACAGUGACUGAAAGCAAAACAAAAUGGAAUCUCUCCUAAGAAUAUCACUCUUAUUUUUACUUGUUUGCGGUACUCGAAGCUAUGACGAAGCUCCCAACAUUGUUCUGGUUCUUACUGAUGACCAGGAUGUCGUACUGAAAGGACUGAAUCCAAUGAUUAAGACCCAACAACUUGUGGCAAACCGUGGCACAACCUUUGUAAAUGCAUUUACCUUAUCUCCCAUUUGUUGUCCUUCGAGAAGUUCCCUACUAGCAGGACAAUACGCACACAAUGUUAAGACUUUUAAUAAUUCCCAAAGCGGUGGAUGCUAUGGAACUCAUUGGCGUGAAAAAGUUGAACCAGAAGCUCUCCCGGUAUUGCUACGAAAUGCCGGAUAUCAAACCUUCUACGCUGGAAAAUAUCUCAAUGAAUACUAUUCCAAAGAUGUUCCACCAGGUUGGAGUAGAUGGCAUGGGUUGCAUGGAAAUUCCAAGUAUUACAACUACACUCUGAAUGAAAAUGGUCAGGUCAUAUCGUUUACUGAUGACUAUUUAACCGAUGUUCUGAAAAAUCGGACUCUAGAUUUCAUAUCAAGCAUCGAAUUAGGAAACCCAUUUUUUGCAAUGGUUGCUCCGCCUGCACCACAUGCCCCAUAUACUGCAGCCGAGAGGCACGAACACUUGUUUCCUAACGUGAACGCACUGAAGACUAAAAAUUACAACCUGCCUUGUGGACCACUAGAAAAACACUGGUUGGUUACAAUGCCUCCGUCGCCACUGCCAGAAGAUAUCCUGGCUAGCAUAGACAUAAUCUAUCGUAAACGCUGGCAAUCACUUACGGCGGUAGACGAAAUGGUAGCGGCCAUCGUACAGCUUCUUGAAAAGCGAGGAAUCCUGGAAAAUACAUAUUUUAUUUACACAUCAGAUAACGGAUACCACAUGGGACAAUUUGGACUACCUUACGAUAAACGUCAACCAUAUGAAACCGACAUAAGAGUUCCGUUUCUCAUGGCAGGACCUAAGAUACCACCGAAAACGCUUGUUUCGUCUCCCGUUGCGCUCAUAGAUAUUGCACCAACUGUUUUGGAACUGGCCGGGCUAAAAGUUCCACCUAACAUGGAUGGCACUUCCGUUAUGGAGAAGCUCACCCAUACGGAUAUAGAAGAAAGACAGAUAUUGAUCGAAUACUGGGGAGAGGGUAAUUUGGAGACUCACAAUCCCGAUUGUCCAUGGCAGAAAAAGGACAAAUUAGCACUUUGCACUAUUGAUGCAGCAUGCCACUGCCAGGAUUCAUGGAACAAUACUUACAAUUGUGUAAGGCACUUUGCCAAAGAUUUGGAUUUGAUUUACUGCCAAUUCAAAGAUAAUGAGCAUUUUGCAGAGGCGUAUGAUUUGUCCAACGACAUGUACCAAAUGGAAAAUAUCGCUUAUGAAAUGCUGCCAUCAAUACGCGCGAAAUAUGAUCUCGCAAUCACAAACCUAACGGAAUGCACUGGCGAGACUUGCCGGCGUAUUUAUUAAGGGUCAUAAAUAAUGUACACACCAAAAACCUGAAACCAACCAGCUCCCAUAUGUUUAUUCCGAGCUCACAAAACUUUCAUGUCAACAAUAAAAUAUAGGCAAGAAUUUUUCGAUACAAAAAAAUGCUAAAUAUAAUUAAGUUAUUGUGAAAUGGCGUCGACAAAUAAAAAAAA